AUGGCAACUGAUGUAUCAAAUGAAGUUAAAACGUGUUCACCUUCGAAAACUGUCGUAUCAGCUGCACGUUCACGUAUAGCUCGUGGUUUUCGAGAAUUAAAUUUAUUUUCUGAUAAUCCAUAUUGGUCAUCAACAUUAACUCAUGACGAACAAAUUCAUACUACUCGACUUUUUUUAAUAUUAGUUUCAAUAUCUCUUUUAGCCGUUAUUGGUUAUGCUAGCUUAUCUGUUCGCACAUAUGAUGUAACUCUAAACAAAUUUUCUAUGUCUAAAUUCGAACGACUCGAAGCACGUUAUCCAACGACAUUUAAAUCUAUAUGUACUAAAGUAUCAAUACCUUAUAAUAAAUUUUUAUAUUUAUCUGUUAGAUUUCAUCAAGUUUGUUCAAGUCCAUUUAUUGGAAGAAAAUGGAUUUCUUCUUUAUAUCGCUCCAAUGCAACAUCUUAUAAUAUUUUGGAUUUUCGUACAUUUGCUUUUUCUCAUUAUCGUUCUCUUCGUUUACUAUGUCGAUUGGCACGUCAAACUAUUGAUGAUAAUUAUCAUGCAUUUAAUUCUACUAAUUUAGUUGAUCUUCUUACUUUUUCACGAGCUCAAUUUAAUGAUUUAGCUGGUGUUCUUAUUUCUAAUUUUCAAAAAAAUCUUUUAGCUAAUGAAAAACGAACCGCAAAAGUAGCAUCAUUAAUGAUUGCACAGAAUCGAUUAAUUUCAGCUUUACGUACAAAUUAUUACACGCAUUCUGUACCUGGCUCAAAAUCAUACAGAACAUUUAAUGCACUUUAUUUGGAACAAAACGGAACCAAUGGGUCAUAUUGCGAUUGUAGAUUAAGAAACAAUCAAUGCACAUAUCCAGCCGGUGCUUUUUACAAUUGGACAGCACUAGAAUUAGGAAAACCAGCUAAAAAUGAUCCACCACCUCAAUUUCAGAUUCCUGGAUUAAUGGCUGGAUGUAUACCUCUUGAUUCUAUGCGUCAAUCAACUCUUGAAUGUUUAUAUAAUCAAUCAUGUGUUGAUGCAAUAUCACUUCAACCAAAAAUUCUUCGAUCAAAAGCUUUGAAUCCAUCAUUAUCAGAAUUUUCGUUGAAUUCAACAAUAGGUUCACUAUUCGAUGAAUCUUUAUUUGUUGAAACUUGGAAAAACGAAUCUAGCUUUGAAAAUUAUUUUGCUGCUUGUGAACCUCAAUCUCUUUCUUACAGUUACAAAAAGCGAUUUCAUCUUGGAACAAUUAUUACUAUGAGUCUUAAUGCUUUCGGUGGUCUUGUUACUGCUUGGGAGUUAAUUAUACCAGCUAUUGUCCUUAUUUGGCAACGAAUAAAAUGGAAAAAACGACAAAAUCAACAAUCUACAACUGCAGAAAACACAUGUGUAGAAUUAGAAGUUACGAAAAUGGCACCAAAACCAAUCAAUAAAGCUGUAACUGUUCACGUUCGUCGAACAAUUCAUAAUUUUAAUUUGUUUCCGUCAGACAAUAAAAAUGAUCCUGAGGAAGAACGUAUUGGUAUUAUCGCUACUCGUCUUUACAUUGUCUUAAUACUUACUGGUCUUAUAGUUCUUGGUUUUUAUACAUCUUUAUUAAAACAUAGUCAUACACAUACUGUUCGAAAACCUUCACUUUCGAAAUUUGAAGAAUUAUAUUCAAUGCAUUCGUCAACAUUAAAUUGUCCAUGUUCACGAUUUUCAAUGUCACAUGGUCGAGUAAUGUCUCUUAAACCUCGUUAUCAUUCUAUAUGUUCAAGCGAAUUUAUUGAAGAUUAUUGGUUAACUUACUUUGGUGAUGUAGAAAUCGAUGUUCAUUCUGUUCGAUUUUUAUCAUCUGAUUUUCGAGUUAGUGGUCAAUCAUUUUUUGAAUUAAUGCGUACAUUAUGUAAAACAUCAUAUGAAACAAUUGAAAAUGCAUUAACAGUAUUUCGAUCGAAUCGAUUAGUUACCAUGUAUGCCUUAUCACGUUCACAAUUUGAUAUUGAAACUAUGACACGCUUAAAAAGAUUUGAACAACAAACAAUAAAUUCUUUUCUUAAUCUAAUUGAAUUAGUUCGUUCAUCAAUUAAAACUAAUCAAUUAGUUGAAGAAAUGUUGACAAAUGCAGGACCUUCUUCACAAUUUAAUAACGAAACAUCAAAAUGGUCAUUUUUUUACCGGUCGAGAAGUUAUUAUACAAAUUCAUGUUCAUGUGCUGUAUCUGAUGAAUGUAGUCGUCCAGCUGGUUUUCAUUUUCAGACAGAUAAAAGUUCUAGUGUACCUAAUAUAACCGUACCCGGUUUAUUUCUUGGUUGUUAUGCAAUUGAUUCUGUUCUUUUAUCUACAUUAGAGUGUUUAUAUGAGAAAAACUGUGUCAAACUUCUUGUUGAUAACUACUAUUUUAAUGUUGUUGGUUUAGUUAAACCAUUGAACAGUCGUACUCUUCAAAUACAACCACUUUCACAAGAAAAUAGUCAUUUUUAUCCAAAUACGACAAUAAAUGAGAUUGUCUCGGAAGCAUUUGUAGAAAAUUGGAUUAAUUCAACUAAUUAUACGUCAUAUUAUGGACGAUGCGCACCUUUACAAUGCACUUACACUAUACGGAAACGUUUGAAUAUUGAUAUGUUAGCUAAAAUGCUUGGAUUUUAUGGAGGAUUAAGCGUAAUUUUAGACUUCAUCUUACCAUCACUUGUUAGAACAUUAUUACAACUAUCGCCAAAACGCAAACAAGAACCGAAGCCAAUAGCUACUCCUAACGACCUUACGAUGGACACAACGAUGAAUGCUCCAUCUACUUCGUCAAAAGAAACUCAAAAUAAUUUUUAUGAAGCAUAUAAAAGAUUGUUAUCAUUGAAUUUAUUUGCAAAUGAUCCACCUUCGGUAGAACAACGAUUUCAAAAUCAAGAAAUUAUUGCCACUCGCAUUUAUAUAAUUCUAUUUAUAUUAUGUUUGAUUGCUACUAUUAUUUAUUAUGGUCCACUCAAUCGGGAAACAGAAUCUAUUAAAAUAAAAUAUCCAACAAUGAAUACUGUCAACGAUCUUCGUGAAAAAAAUCCUUCAAGUCUCUCAUGCCCGUGUUCAAAAGUAACUGUGCCCUAUUCGACAAUUUUAUCAAUAAAACCAGAAUAUCAUUCAAUAUGUUCAAGUGAAUAUGUUUCUCCAUCAUAUAUCAAUGAUUUAAAAAACAAAAAUGAUAGUAUAUCAUUAGCAUUAAGUGCUCAUUAUCGUUUAUUGUCUUCAUUAUGUCAUUCAUCUCAUCGUUUUAUUGAAAAUGCUAAAGAAGUGUUUGAUGCUCAUGAACUAAUUAGCAUAGAAACAUUAACUCGUUCUUCAUUUGAUAUUCAAACACAAUCGCUAAUUUCAACAUUUAUUUCUCAAAUUCCAGCUGAUUACCGUCGUACUCUUUCAUAUAUAGUUGGUUCAUUUAGUGUUAAUCAAUUAUUACAUCUUUUUAGAACUAAUUGGCUAAUUGAUUUUACUGAUGAAAAUGAACAAAAUCUAUUGAAAACAUUUCCACGAAAUUUUUCAUCAUCAAAUUGUAGUUGUGCAAUCUCAUCAAGUUGUAGUGAACCAUUGACAGAUGAUAUUGUUAUUGGUUGUUUUCCGUAUGAUGGAUUUCGUUUGUCGAAAUUUGAAAAUUUUUCAUUAGGAAAAUUAAAUGAUCAAUUAUUUGUAGAAACAUGGAAAAAUACUAGUAAUUAUACAAAAUAUUUUGAAACUUGUCGCCCAUUACAAUGUCAAUAUACAUUAUCAAAUAGAAAUAAACCUAUAAUUAUGUUAACAAAUCUUUUGGGUUUAACAUAUAGUUUACGUUUGAUUAUUGGUGAAUCGUUACUUGCUUAUCGAUGGUGGAUACAACACAUAACAAAAAUACCAGAUACAAACGAAAUAAGUUGA